AGGGGAGUAUAAAUCCGCUCCCCACACAGCGCAUCAGUGUUGCUGGGGCUGUAGCUGAUUUGAGCACACGAGAAGCAGGUACGAAGCAAAUCUUCCAGACAAAACGAGAAGUAACUUAGGCACUAAAAGGAUUACAAAAUGUCAAGGUCCGGGGUCCAGUCCUCUUACAAUAGGAUGUUCGGUAGGCCCGAACAGCGGCCCUCCACUACUCGUUCUACUUACUCAAGUCGCCAACACUUCAGUCCAGUACGCUCCCGGACAUCUUUCAGCGUGUCGUCCGCUCCCCAUAGCAUCUUUGCCACAAAGACCGCCAGGCUCCGCAGCAAUGCGCCCAUGCUCAAACUCAGCAGCGAUAAUGUGGACUUUGCUCUGUCCGAUGCCAUCACAACGGAGUUCAAAGCUAACCGGACUAAUGAAAAGGCAGAGAUGCAGCACCUCAACGACAGGUUUGCCAGCUACAUCGACAAGGUUCGGUUCCUUGAGCAGCAGAACAAGAUUCUCCUUGCAGAGUUGGAUCAGCUUAGGGGCAAAGGCAUGUCCCGCGUCGGGGACUUGUAUGAGGAGGAGAUGAGGGAGCUGCGCCGUCAGGUGGACCAGCUUACAAACGAGAAAGCUAGAGUCGAGUUGGACCGGGACAACUUCGGAGAUGACAUCCAGAGGCUCCGAGAGAAGCUGCAGGAUGAGCUUCUUCAGAAAGAAGAUGCGGAAAACAACCUCCAGGGCUUCAGACAGGAUGUGGAUAAUGCUGCCCUGGCCCGUCUUGACCUGGAGAGGAAGAUGGAGUCCCUGCAAGAGGAGAUCAUCUUCCUGAAGAAGCUUCACGACGAGGAGAUGGCUGACCUCCAAGCUCAGAUCCAGCAGCAGCAUGUUCAGAUUGACAUGGACGUGGCAAAACCCGACUUGACCACCGCGCUGCGGGACGUCAGGAUGCAGUAUGAGUCGCUGGCUACCAAGAACAUCCAGGAUUCGGAGGACUGGUACAAGUCCAAAUUUGCUGACCUGUCUGAAGCUGCUGCUCGUAAUAAUGACGCCAUCCGUCUGGCCAAGCAGGAGUCCAAUGACUACCGCCGACAGGUGCAGGCUCUCACCUGUGAGGUGGAUGCCCUAAAAGGCACUAAUGAGUCACUGGAACGUCAGAUGAGGGAGGUUGAAGACAGCUUCUCCAAUGAGGCAGGUGGUUACCAGGACAACAUUGCCCGUCUGGAGGAAGACAUCCACAACAUGAAGGGCGAGAUGGCAUGCCACCUGCGUGAGUACCAGGACCUGCUCAACGUCAAGAUGGCGCUGGACAUCGAGAUCGCCACCUACAGGAAGCUGCUGGAGGGCGAGGAGAGCAGAAUCACCACUCCAAUGCCCAACUUCUCUUCCUUUAAUUUGAGAGAAUCCAUGAUGGAAGUCAGACCAAUGAUGGACACCAUGCAGAGGAAGGUGUUGAUCAAGACUAUUGAGACCAGAGAUGGAGAAGUGAUCAAUGAAUCAACCCAGAACCACGAUGACCUGGAAUGAGCCGCAUGUGUCACCUGUGAUGAAGAAGAGGAAGGGGGAGGAUGAAGAGUCAGGAUGAGGUUGGGCGGGAGAGAGAUAGCUCGAGGAGGCAGGGACCCGAGGAAGAAGAGAGGGAUCAAGGAACGUCUGUACUUCUGUUUUUCAUGUGAAAGUUUCACUUAAAAGUCAACAAAAAGGAAAGAUAAAAUAACUGCUUUAAAAAGUGCCUUUUUUUGACACACUAGAAAGAUUGGACCCUAGUUUUGUUAGGGUAGAACAGAGUAGACAUUCUACAGCAGCAAACAAAACCAGCUUUCCGGAAUGUUCUUGUUUUCCACACAGUCUCUAGUUUACCCUCCACAAGUUAAGGCCACAGCAAUACUUUUGAGAAACAGUUUGUUUUUUACUGUUAUCAUUUACCAAAAUUCUUAAUGAAUGAAACAAAUGUUUUGUGUGCGCACCACAACUGUCUGUGCUUCUACCAGUCAAUAAACUUUUGAAAAAAUCAA